AUGUUUGAACAUUACCAUGAAACAGAUAAUGAAGACAUCAAAGCAGAAGUUGAUAAUUUUACAAGCUUAGCAACUAUUCCUGAGGAAGAAGAAACAUCAUUAACACCCAUUCCUGAGAUAGAUGUUUCAUUACCAGCAUCAAAUCAAAUUGACAUUCCAAAGGUCAUCACUCUGAAUGACAUAGCACUACAAACAGUGAAGAACAUUAAAGUGUUUCCAGACCAUGCAGAUUUCUUUACCAGUGUUUCUGAGACAUUUCCAGUACUGCAAUUUGAAAGUAACUCAGAAAGCAAUAACAUUGACAACACCAAGUUUCAUCCUCAGUCCACUCAAGGGGCAACUUUUCUUCAGAAAGGAACAAAUGAACUUCUUCAACAUUGCUGUAUCGACCGAUUGAACUCAGACAUGUUCAGUCAUUGCUCUAUCUAA